AUGGGUACCAAUAAUACCGCGGACACAGGCAAGAAAGGCUCGGACAAGAACACCAAGAAGCCAGCCUCCACCACUGCCAGUGGUUCCGUGAAGAAAUCCGCCCCCACCGGCACCGGCGCUGGCGCCGGAGCCGAUGGCCACAAGCCCGGGAAGCCCGUCAAGACCGCUAGCCGCCCGAGCUCGAGUGCUGCAUAA